GUGGGCGGUAACGGGUCAAACUUCAAGUAACAUGUGAGUCAUCAAAGGUUCGGAUAUUAUGUUUAGGAGUUAUGUAAUUAUAAAGACGAUUGCGUGAUUUCUAAAGAUUUGAAAGUACAUCGCGAUGUCUGGAGUAGACCUAGCGGACCUGCAGACCCGGGUAGAGGCGGCGGCGGACCGGAUCAGACCCUACGUGCGGCGCACUGCGCUGGAGUUCUCACACGGACUUAGCGAGAAAAACGAGGGCAAUGUUUUCAUCAAGAUGGAGAGUGAACAGAGGACAGGUUCAUUCAAAGUCAGAGGAGCCUUCAACAAGUGCCUUGUCCUGAGUAGGGAGAAGCCAGGCACCCAUGUGACUACUGCCUCCUCAGGAAACCACGGUUUGGCUUGUACAUUAGCCAUGAAGACUGUUGGGCUGAGAGGAACAAUCUUCCUGGGAGAGAAUGUGUCCAAGACAAAGGAGUUGGCCCUGGUCAGAGAGGGAGCCAUCCUGAGGCAUCAUGGGACAGAUUGUGUAGAGACUGAGAACAAAGCGAGGCAGACAGCCCGGGAAGAAGGGAUUGAGUACAUAUCCCCAUACAAUGAUAUGGAGGUCAUGACUGGACAGGGGACAAUAGGAAAGGAAAUCCUGGAGGAUCUUCCUGAUGUGGAUGCCGUGUUUGUACCAGUGGGUGGAGGAGGUCUGAUUGCUGGAAUAGCUGCAUAUAUUAAGGCAGUGAAGCCGACUGCAAAGAUUGUGGGUUGUCAGCCAGCCAGGUCAGCAGUGAUGGCCCAGUCUGUGGCGGCUGGACGUAUCCUGGACCUGCCCAGUCUGGACACUCUAUCUGAUGGCACCGCAGGGGGUGUGGAGGAAGGAUCCAUCACCUUUCCCAUCUGCCAGCAGUGUGUGGAUGACUGGGUACUCGUGGAGGAAGACGUCAUAGCAGAUGCCAUUUAUUUCAUGAUGUCAGAUCAUCACAAGAUUGUGGAAGGAGCGGCUGGGGUGGCCAUCGGUGCCUUCUUGCAGACAGCACAGAAGUACCAUGGGAAGUCUGUGGCAAUCAUUUCCUGUGGAGCCAACAUCUCCAUAGAGAAGCUGAAGGAAAUUAUAAAUCACAGGCAGCCAUGAUUUAAGACAUCCAGUGCAAUGUUCAGGACUUCGAAACCCAAUUUUUCAAGCCAUAGUAUUACUAAGUUGAAACCACACUAUCCCAGUGUAUAUUGACCCUUAUGGAGCAAAAAUUCUGACGGAAAAUGGUUACUGGAAGGGCCCUGGGCUGAUUUUUAUGGUACCGCCCAGAAGAUAAAGGCUUCAUCUUGGGGCUUGUUUCUGCAGUUUUAAAUGCCUAAAGUAUUGAAAUGCAGAUUUUAAUGUGCUAAUAUGGAGCAGUAUGUGUCAAUAUCACAAAGAUUGCCUUAUUCAGAAUAUUUCCAGUUUUGCUGCCCUGAAAUCGGAUGCGUUACGACACUGGAUUCCAACAUGAACUUCCACUGAGUUUUAGACUGUUACAUGUAGAUAAUAAAGGAAAAUUUUAAUAUCUUUUAAUCUGUUUAAAGUUAAGCACUAUUUAUCAGUGUCCUUGGUGAAGGCAAUAUAAUUCUCAACUGUUACAGUUAACAGAAGUGUUGAUGGGUUGGAUUUUAGUGGUCCAGGUACAUCAUUGUAGACUGAACUGAGAUGCUCUUGUGUGUAUGAUGAU